AAAGGAGGGAUCAAAUUACAGAGAGCUGGUUAGGGAAGAGUGAUUUGGUUCCGAAAGCUCGAAGGGACGCAUUUCCUGCUCCGUUAUUUUCUUCCAAUCUCAAUUUUCUCCCUCUCACCACGGAAAAGGAAAGGGAAAGGAGGAAAAAGGAAAAAAUAAGAAAAAAGGGAAAAGAGAAGAGAAGAGAAGAGAAGAGGAGAAGAGAGCCCCAAUCGCCUCUACGAACCCUCAAUUGGUUGUUGUCUGUAACUUCGAUGGAAUAACCGAGAAAACCUGCAUUUUUUUCAUAGUGUAUUGUGAGGAUUUGAAGCUAUGAUCUUCUCUUAAGUCUGACAAGAAGUCGAUCCUUUUUCAUGCCGUGAGUCCUUAAUCUGGGGAUUCAUUGGUUGAUUUGGCUGGAAAUUUGCUCGGGAAAUGAACGGAGGGGAAGAGUCAGGCGUUUCUGCUCCAGCGCCGCUUGAGUGGAAAUUCUCUCAGGUUUUUGGUGAAAGGACUGCGGGGGAAGAAGUUCAGGAAGUUGAUAUCAUUUCGGCAAUUGAGUUUGACAAAACAGGGGACCACCUAGCUACUGGUGAUCGAGGGGGACGGGUGGUUUUAUUUGAAAGGACUGAUACAAAAGAUCAUGGACAUCGAAGGGAUCUGGAGCGAAUGGAUUAUCCAAUUAGUAGGCAUCCUGAGUUCCGCUACAAAACAGAAUUUCAAAGCCAUGAACCAGAGUUUGACUAUCUGAAAAGUUUGGAAAUAGAGGAGAAAAUUAACAAGAUCAGAUGGUGCCAAACAGCUAAUGGGGCCUUGUUUCUUCUGUCUACUAAUGACAAAACAAUUAAGUAUUGGAAGGUACAAGAAAAGAAGGUGAAGAAAAUUUGUGAAAUGAAUCUGGAUUCCUCAAGAGCUGCCGGAAAUGGUAGUAUUGCUAGUUCAAGCAUAUCAACCAGCCCAAAGCCGUAUCUUGCAAAUGGGGGAUGUCUAGAUAAGUCCUACAGUUAUUUGAGCAAUGACUUCUCAUUCCCACCUGGAGGCAUUCCAUCACUACAUUUGCCCGUGGUAGUUGCUUGCAAUGAGACAAGUCUUGUGGCUAGGUGUCGAAGAAUCUAUGCCCAUGCUCACGACUAUCACAUCAAUUCUAUUUCAAAUAACAGUGAUGGGGAGACAUUUAUAUCAGCUGAUGAUCUGCGAAUUAAUCUCUGGAACUUAGAAAUAAGCAAUCAAAGUUUCAAUAUUGUUGAUGUCAAGCCUGCAAAUAUGGAGGAUCUAACUGAGGUUAUAACUUCAGCUGAGUUCCACCCAACUCAUUGUCACAUGUUAGCGUAUAGUAGCUCAAAGGGUUCAGUCCGUCUUAUUGAUUUGCGGCAAUCGGCUUUAUGUGAUACUCAUACCAAAAUGUUUGAAGAGCAAGAGGCACCUGGCUCAAGAUCUUUUUUCACGGAAAUUAUUGCCUCAAUUUCAGAUAUUAAGUUUGGAAAGGAUGGAAGACAUAUUCUUAGUCGUGAUUACAUGACCCUUAAGCUAUGGGACAUAAACAUGGAUUCUGGUCCAGUUGCGACUUUCCAGGUUCAUGAAUAUUUAAGACCUAAGCUAUGUGAUUUAUAUGAAAAUGAUUCGAUCUUUGACAAGUUCGAAUGUUGUCUGAGUGGCGAUGGAAUGCGAGUUGCCACUGGAUCCUACAGUAAUCUAUUUCGUGUGUUUGGUUCCGCUGCUGGCAGCACUGAGGCGACAACAUUAGAAGCCAGUAAAAACCCCAUGAGGAGACAAGUGCCAACCCCUUCGAGGCCUUCAAGAUCCCUGAGCAGUCUAACACGUGUCGUCAGACGAGGAGCGGAUAGCCCAGGAGUUGAUACUAAUGGAAAUGCUUUUGAUUUCACAACAAAAUUACUCCACCUAGCUUGGCACCCAACUGAAAACUCACUUGCCUGUGCCGCCGCAAACAGCCUGUACAUGUAUUACGCAUAAAGAUGGUCCUGGAAGAUAUGUGGUUUUUGGCAAGCUCUUUUGUUUGCUGUUGGGAAGACCACCUUGCCUUAACCAACCAACCAGUGAGACAGAGGCUGCAUGAUAACUCAAUGCCUGAGCAUCCCUUAGAUUGUAGCACGUUAUCUGAUACUGGGAUCCAGAUUGGCUGUCUCGGAAUCCAUGAUGAAGUAACUGGUCUUUUGUUUCCGGGUGGGCGGCUUCUAUCUGAUUUUGUCUUUCCUAGAAGAAAAGAUGCAGUUUCUGUUUUUUUUUUGUGUUGGGUUUAGGUCAAAGAAAAUGUGAUUUGUAGCUCUCCUACAACCAAAACAGAGGCUGUUCAAUUCUGCAGCUAGAUUUGAGAUGAAUGGGGUCUUAAUUCGAAUUGGAGGCAAAGAGGCUGGUCUGUUGCGUCGAUCUCGUUGGCACGCAUGGGGCUUGUAUUGUUGGACUUACAUUUUUAGGGCUUGUGAAAUUUAAUUUAAUCAUGAUUAUUGUCAUAUCCCAAGCUAACCCUUCUUUCUUCUCUUUCAGAGUUGCCAGUCUGUUUGUUUGCAUGUCUGGUAGCUCUCAACUUAUGGUCCCCAUGGGUCUUAUGGAAACUGAAGUACCCGUGGAAAUCCUACUCUGCUCGGGUUUCUGUUAUUUUUCAGUUUACAAUUCAGUACUUGUAAAUUUAUGAGGGUUGGUUUGAAUAA